AUGAGUGCAUCAACGUCCGGGGUGGCGGUGUGGAGAGAAGGGUGCUACCUCAACAACUUCGUCCAGGGAGUGCUGGACACCUUCCCGCAGGAGGAGCUCGAGGGCAGUACCAUCAUCGUCUCCGGAGAUGGGAGAUUCUACAACCCACCCGCCAUCCAAACCAUCAUUCGAAUGGCGGCCGCGAACGGAGUGGGUCGGGUGUGGGUCGGCAAGGGGGGGCUAAUGUCCACGCCGGCUGUAUCGGCGGUGCUCCGGGAGAAGGAGGGCGGCGCUGCCUACGCGGGACUCGUGCUGACCGCUAGCCACAACCCUGGAGGACCCGACGAAGACUUCGGCAUCAAGUUCAACACCGCCAGCGGCAGUCCGGCCACCGAGGUUAUCACCGACGCCGUCUACGCCCGCACGUUGGAGCUCAAGUCGUACCGCACGGUGGAGGGCACGCCCGAUGUGAACCUGGACGUUGUUGGCAAGACCAAGGUCGCCGGGAUGGACGUCGAGGUUAUCGACCCCGUGGAGGAGUACGUGGCGCUGCUGAAGACGGUGUUCGACUUCCCCAGCCUCAGGGCGCUCCUGGCCCGGCCCGACUUCAACUUCGUCUUCGACGGCAUGCACGGGGUGGCCGGGGCUUACGCCAGCCGCGUCUUCGUCGACGAGCUCGGCGCGUCCGAGGAGUCUCUGCUGAGGUGCGACCCGAGAGAAGACUUCGGUGGCGGCCACCCAGACCCCAACCUCACAUACGCCUCCGACCUGGUGCGAAGGAUGGGCCUCGACAGCAGCGGCCAACCCCUCCAAGGAGCAGCAGCAGACGCGGCGGAACCGCCGACGCUUGGGGCCGCGGCCGACGGCGACGCUGAUCGAAACAUGAUCCUGGGAAGGCGUUUCUUCGUGACUCCCAGCGACUCUCUUGCGGUGAUCGCGGCCAACGCCGCGGCGGUGCCGUACUUCGCGAGGGCGGGCGGGCUCGGCGGGGCGGCGAGGAGCAUGCCGACAAGCGGCGCGCUGGACAGGGUGUGCGAGAGGCAGGGAGUGCCCAUGUUCGAGACGCCCACGGGGUGGAAGUUCUUCGGAAACCUGAUGGAUGCCAAGGAGAUGGGGCAUGAGCGGUCCUACUUCCCUUUCCUGUGCGGCGAGGAGAGCUUCGGCACGGGCUCCGACCACGUCAGGGAGAAGGACGGGCUGUGGGCGGUGCUCGCGUGGAUGUCCAUCAUCGCCCACCGCAACAAGGUGGGGACGGCGGGGGACGGCGGGACGGCGGGACCAGCGCCGCUUAUCGGGGUGCAGGAGAUCGUGGAGGGCCACUGGCGGGAGUACGGACGGAACUUCUACUCGAGGUACGACUACGAAGGCGUGGCAUCCGAGGGAGCCGAGGCCAUGAUGGACAACCUCCGCGCCAGCUCCGCGCAGCCUGGGGCUGACCUGGGGUCAGGUUUCGAGCUCAAAGGCAUCGAUGAUUUCGAGUACACGGACCCGAUCGACGGCAGUGUGUCCAAGAACCAGGGGGUCAGAAUGCUCUUUACGGACGGCUCCCGGGUGGUCUUCAGGCUCUCCGGCACUGGGUCCGUGGGCGCCACCGUGCGCAUGUACAUCGAGAAGUACGAGCCAGAUCCGUCCAAGCAGGGGCUCACGACGGCGGACGUCCUCAGACCCUUGGUGGACAUCGGCCUCAAGAUGUCGAGGCUGGAGGAGUUUACAGGGAGGUCUUCCCCGACGGUCAUCACGUGAUGAGAUGAUUCAUGAUGAUUGUUCUCGUUGAGGCCAUGAGGGGCGGGGGUACAGGCGAGGUCGUCGAGGACUACUUGCGAGAAGGCUGGUGUUGUGAAGUAUGCGAGUUCGGUAAAAAGUUCGUCCCUGCAAAUAGCUGCGGUCGGGUGAUAUGAGCUAUCACACAACUUGCAUCGAUUUUGCGAGGGUGUGGACACUGAGCCUUGAGGCAUUGAUGUGAGGUGUUUUCUGUCCUUUGCGCGGAACAUGGGACGUAUGCGACGUAAUCCAUCGCCCCAUAGUGCGGUAGCCGGUGGCUAGUUAUGUUGGAACGCCGCGCCUCACGAAGUUGCUCGGAGAAAGAAAACAACCGCCCGUUCCAGUUCGGCCGUGAGAGGGGUACUGCUGUCGUUACUGCUGGAUAUCCUUGGUCGUGCCUUACCACUGAUACAUCAUUACGGCCAAGCGGGAAAGGUGCGCUCCGAUGGGUGUGAUUCCGAUAGAGUUUACAAGACCGUGGAGAGCUGGUUCAAGGCCAUCAGCGACGUCGGGCGCAUGAAAUUGCAGCCAGUAGAGCAAGCAUCGUCGGCGGGCACCGCGCGUAACACUUGUUUUUGUUAUUGUCUCAACUACAAAGUCAGUUUUAUUUUGCACGAGGAUGACACACGCUAGAAGUCGUGAAGCUACGGGGACGCAGCGGCGGACAAGCCCAUAUUUCAUCGACGAGUUAGAGCAGGCGAGGCUUUCGUUUAGACUUGAAUAUCCUGUUUGGUGCCAAAGGUCGUAUCGAGACCAAAUGGGGGCUGGAAGGUGUAGCUAGCUUUCGUGUAUUUCGUGCCGUUUACUGGGACUUGUGCUGGUCAAACCUACAGGCAAGGGUGUUCUACAACGGAGAUGGGUAGGCGUGUUUUGGGUCGCGGAUUUUGCGUGGCCCCGCAUAAAAAGCGUGUGUAGGGAUUGAAUUGCUCGCUUUGAACGAACAAGACUGUUUCCUGCGGGCACAAAAAGCACUCAGAAGGAAGGCAAGCAGAAUUGGCAUGGUAGGCAGACGGAAUAGAGAUGAGGACGCGAGGCAAGGCGCCAACCAGCCGGCGAUAAUAGUAGCGCUCUCUGGCGCCAACAUUUUCUUGCCAUGAUUUACACGGAAGUGAGGUCGACGGCGGCGUUAAUCUGUGCGGGGUUUAUCUACGUACGGUGUAACACUUGGUUGUAUACUGUGCAUGACGUAUUGGUGAUAUGUCUGCCAAGACCGUGUACUAUGUGUUCGAAACCCGAGGUGCACCGCGAAUCGAGGUCAAUGAGAGUGCAAUUCUAUCGCACAUUUCUGCUAGGAUAACCUCGCGGUUUGUUUUGCGGUUUGCGCAGCGCCAUCGGCAGUCUUUUGCUAGGGGGCUGGGACAUACGACACACGUUCCCGCGUUAUUUUUUGUCAUUGGCGCUCUCAAGCACAGCGUACGGGUGUCGGUGUGUGGGAUCGACAAUAAUCAACGACCCAAGGUCAAUGUUAGACACGAAAAAAUGGGUCCGGGGGUAGCCCGAGGAGGCUCAUCAAUAAACUUGCCCUCCCGCAUUUUGUCUUGCGAUGGUAAAUCUUCAAGGGGGUCUGGGGAAAAACUCGAGAAGGAACAUCGCGUCGGGAGACCGGUUGUGGGA